AUGGUUCUUAUCGCUGCUUCAAUUAUUACUAAAACAGGAAAAGCUCUUGUAAGUCGACAAUUUGUCACUGAUAUCUCUAAAUCAAGAAUGGAAGGACUCUUAGAUGCAUUUCCAAAACUUGUCGGAUCCAAUGAAAAUAAUCAACGUCAACAUACAUUUGUAGAAACAGAUUCAGUUCGUUAUGUUUACCAACCAAUGGAUAAUGUAUAUAUGGUUCUUAUAACAACAAAAGCUUCAAAUAUUUUAGAAGAUUUAGAAGCAUUAAGAUUAUUUGCUCGUGUCAUUCCAGAAUAUUGUCAUUCAAAUGAAGAAAAAGAAAUUUUUGACAAAGCUUUUGAUCUUAUUUUUGCAUUUGAUGAGAUUGUUGCUCUGGGUUACAGAGAAAAUGUAAAUCUUGCACAAAUAAGAACAUUUACGGAAAUGGAUUCACAUGAAGAAAGAGUACAUAAUCAAUUGAAAGCAAGUCAAGAGAAAGCUGCAAAAGAUAAAAUGAAAGAAAAAGCUAAAGAAUUAAAACGAAUGCAAUUGGAGAAUGCUAAGAAGCAAGCUAUGUUACGUCAUGGAUCUGGAUUUACUUCUACACUAUCAUCUUUGAGUUCAUCAUCUCAGUCAACACAACCAGUUGCUGUUGAGGAAAAGAAACCUGAACCAAAAGCUAAACCAGCACCUACACGUGUUGGUGGUGGUAAAGCACUUAAAUUGGGAGCUAAAAAAAGUCAAGAGAGAUUUUUUCAAGAUAAAUAUUUAAUUCUCAAUUAUUGUUUAUUGCUUAAUUUUUUAAUAUAA